AUGUCCGCGAACGGGUCGGCGGCCGCGGAGCCGCGGCUCUGCCACGUGCGGAAGGUGCCUAAUUUUGAUGGUUAUGGAUUCAAUCUACACGCAGAGAAAGGUAAACCCGGCCAAUACAUUGGAAAAGUCGAUGAAGGUUCGCCGGCGGAGACGGCCGGCUUGCGACGCGGAGACCGCAUCCUUGAAGUGAACGGACAGAGUAUCGCGGGUGAAACCCACAAACAAGUCGUAGCACGCAUUAAGCAGCGACCUGAUGAUGCGGAAUUACUGGUCGUGGCACCGGCGCCGGGCGACCCCAUGCCCGAUCUGGACGCACACGAGCGACCAGCCUCCGCAGGGUCUAUUACCGCGCCGCCCGCGAAUACUGUUUCGCCUGCUAGUUCUCCUGAUUCUGCAGCGAACGUCGAUCGUAACGAUUCUCCCACACCGGAGCCUCCGCGUCUCAAUCUUAAGAUGACAGCUGCAGAGAUGCGCGCGCACCUCGCCGCUAAGAAAAAAGUAGAUCCCAAGAAGGUGCCUAUGGACCUUAAAUCCAAGUUUGACAUCGUAAAGAAACUU